AUGAGUGAACACUGCCCUGCUCCGCGACGUGCCAAAUGUAGUGGAUGUAUUCGAAAUGCUAUUGGUAGAUGUGAUCAUUGUCAUUCACGAUUUGAAGAAAAUUGUUUCAGUGCUCAUGUCCAAACAUGUCCAGGUGCACGACACAUGUCAAGUGGUAGACUUACUUUAAAACCUGAAUGUCAAUUUUGUAGUAAUGACGCGACGGGAAAGUGUAGCGGAUGUCGAGAAAGUGUUUGCAGUUCAUGUUUUGAACAUUCUCAUCGAGUUCACCGACUUUACCGGACACAAUCUGAUUCAUCGUCAUGUAACCUCAGUUAG